AUUAAUAUUGGAUAAAUUUCCCUUCUUGUUAAAAGAUAAGAAUGGGAAUACUAAUGUUGUACCUCUUAAUCAAUUCUUAAGUUGCCAUAGAAUUACCUCAUAUAUGUUAAGAAAAAUAGGUGCUGAUUAUGCUUCCAGAGUACAUAGAGGUGGGAAUGAUUUUUGCUAUCAAUAUUUAUGGCAAUUGGCAUAUAAACAUAAAAUAAGUUAUGCUUCAUCAGUUGAACAUUAUGGUGUAAUAAAUGACAGACCAAAUACUCCAGCACCUAAACAAGAAAAUAGUGAG